CCUUUGCCUGCUAUCGUUCACCACUAUCUGGCGGACUGUCCUGUCUCAUCUUGGUCUAACUGUGUUGAAACGUGUCUCUUUUUGUAAAAACUCGUCUUUCCUGGACUCUUGAGGAUUUCUAUAAGGGAUGUCAAAGCGAGUGCGAAGCAGAGAGGUCUGCGCUGAUUGCAGUGCUCCGGAGCCUCGCUGGGCCUCUGUUAACAGAGGUGUGCUGAUUUGCGAUGAAUGCUGUAGCAUCCAUCGAGGUCUAGGACGACAUAGCUCCCAAGUCCGACAUCUGACUCAUUCACCAUGGCCACCCUCCCAGUUACAGAUGGUUCAGACACUUUAUGGCAAUGGAGCCAAUUCCAUAUGGGAGCACAGCCUUUUGGACCCUUCCUCUUCACUGAGUGGGAAACGCAAGGCCAACCCACAGGACAGAGUUCAUCCCAACAAGACAGAAUUCAUCAAGGCCAAAUACCAGAUGCUGGCGUAUGUCCAUCGGAUGCCUUGUCGGGAGGAUGAUAGUGUAACUGCAAAAGACCUCAGCAAGCAACUGCAUUCCAGUGUUCGGACAGGGAACAUGGAGACCUGCCUAAGACUCUUAUCUUUGGGAGCGCAGGCCAACUUCUUCCAUCCAGAGAAAGGAAACACUCCACUGCACAUAGCAGCAAAAGUGGGACAAAUGUUACAGGCAGAACUGUUGGCAGUUUAUGGAGCUGAUCCCGGAGCUCUGGACUCCAGUGGGAAGACCCCCAUUGAUUAUGCAAGACAAGCUGGGCAUCAGGAGCUGGCAGAGCGGCUAGUGGAGAUCCAGUAUGAACUCACUGACCGGUUAACAUUUUACCUUUGUGGUAGGAGACCAGAUCACAGAAAUGGGCAGCACUUCAUCAUUCCACAGAUGGCAGACAGCAGUCUGGAUUUGUCAGAGUUUGCAAAAGCUGCAAAGAAGAAGCUCCAGUCUCUAAGUAACCAUCAGUUUGAAGAACUCGCCAUGGAUGUUUAUGAUGAAGUUGACAGAAGAGAAACAGAUGCAGUGUGGUUGGCCACUCAAAACCACAGUACACUUGUAACAGACACCACAGUCGUGCCUUUUCUUCCUGUCAAUCCUGAGUAUUCCUCUACCAGAAACCAGGGUCGUCAAAAAUUGGCAAGAUUUAGUGCUCAUGAAUUCGCCACCUUGGUCAUCGAUAUUCUAACUGAUGCUAAACGUCGGCAGUGGGGUAACUCUUGUGAUAGUCCCAGAGAGAAUGUGGAGCUGAUCCUUCAGGGAAUAGACAGUUGCCAUAACAGCGAGAGCCAGGACAAUGACCAGCCAGAUUACGACAGUGUGGCAUCAGACGAAGAUCCAGUACAAGAGGCAACCUGUGGGGACAGCUGCAACGAUGGAAGGACUAAGAGCUCCGAGUCGUCCGACCUUUCUGACGGACCAAUCACGGUGCAAGAAUUUAUGGAGGUGAAGAGCGCCCUCACUGCAUCAGAAGCCAAAAUACAGCAGCUUCUUAAAGUCAACUGUCAUCUCAGUGAAGAGCUGCGAAUGAUGCAGGGCAAGCUUAACUCCCUGCAAACUGAAAACACAUCCCUGCGAUGGCAAACCCCCAGCGGGCAACAACACGUCCAGGGGCCCUUUGGUCGACACCUACCCCGAGGAGGUCGAGCCAUGUCCAUGUACGAGACGGGUUCUUCUCCGAGGCAGUACCCCCACCGAGGCGAGACAGCUCGGCAAGAGGACGGAGUCAUUUUACAACCGUUCCCGACUAAUAUUGGUAGGGGUCCUUUGGGGACGGCUGCUUCCUCCCUCCCUACCUUCCCCUCUUCCCUGUCCUGGUCGUGGGAUGAGAGAUCUCGAAGGGGCUGCAGUCUGGAAGGACAGAGCACUAUGCUGGAGAUUGACUACGACAUGACGCCCAACCACUCUGAGCUGGAGGAGUCUGGCAGCCCCCUUACAGCCUCUGAAAAUGUGGAGCUUGAAGAGGAGGGUGAGGAAGACUCCACCCUGCCAUGCACAGAGGAUGUCAUCUGUAAGACGGAGCAGAUAACUAAGAACAUACAGGAGCUUCUGAGAGCUGCUCAGGAGACCAAACACGAAAGCUUUCUGCCCUGUUCAGAAAAGAUCUGCAUGGCUGUGUCGGAGAUGGCUGCCCUGUUUCCCAAGAGGCCGUCCUCGGAGACUGUGCGAGGGUCUCUGUGUCUGCUCACUUCAAGCGCCAGCCGGCUGCACGGGGAGUGCCAGAAGGCCACAGAACACAACCCUUGCCGGUCAGACAUCCAGCUGGUCACUCAGCAGGUCAUCCAGUGCGCCUAUGACAUUGCCAAAGCUGCCAAGCAACUUGUCACUGUGACAACCAAAGAAAACAACAACUAACCCCCCCCCAAAAAACACUUCUGAUACACUUAAAA